AUGGCCGCCAACAACAGAACCGUCGGUGGAAACGCCGCUUUCCACAACUUCAACAAUGACUUCGCCCACAUCGAAGACCCCAACGAGCGCCGCAGACUCGCACUCGCUGAGAUCGACAAGGCUCCCUUCGGCUGGUACCACGUUCGCGCCAUCAUCGUCGCCGGUAUUGGUUUCUUCACCGAUGCCUACGACAUCUUCGCCAUCGGUCUCGUCACCAACAUGUUGGGUGUCGUCUACUGGCAAGACGCCAAGGGCAAGAUGGCCGGUAAGAUCCCCCAGACUGCCGACACUGCCAUCAAGGUCGCUACCUCCGGUGGUACCGUCCUCGGACAGGUCGGUUUCGGUUACCUCGCCGAUGUUGUCGGUCGUAAGAAGAUGUACGGUCUCGAACUCCUGGUUAUCAUCUUCGCAACUCUCGCCCAGGCUCUCUCUUCUGACUCUCCCGCCAUCUCCAUCGUCGGUAUCAUCAUCUUCUGGCGUGUUCUCAUGGGUAUCGGUAUUGGUGGUGACUACCCUCUCUCGUCCAUCAUUACCUCUGAGUUCGCUACCACCAAGUGGCGCGGUGCCAUGAUGGGUUCCGUCUUCGCCAUGCAGGGUAUUGGUCAGUUCGCUGCUGGUAUCAUCGCUCUCAUUGUCACUGUCGGCUUCAAGGAGUCGCUCCUCAGUGGCAAGAACCCCGCCGCUUGUGACGGUGUCUGCCAGCUUGCCGUUGACAAGAUGUGGCGUGUCAUCAUUGGUUUCGGUGCCGUUCCCGGAUGCAUUGCCCUCUACUACCGUCUUACCAUCCCCGAGACUCCUCGUUACACCUUUGAUGUCGCCCGCGAUGUCGUCAAGGCCGACACCGACUCCAAGGCUUACCUCAACGGCAAGUCUCAAGGUGAGCCCGAUGAGAUCACCCGCGUCCAGACUCGUGAGGCUACUGCCGGUCAGCUCGAGGUCCCCAAGGCCUCGUGGGCCGACUUCGCCCGCCAUUACGGUCAGUGGAAGAACGCGAAGAUCCUCAUCGGUACCGCCGGUUCAUGGUUCUUCCUCGAUGUCGCUUUUUACGGUGUCUCGCUCAACAACACUGUCAUUCUUACUGCCAUCGGCUACACCGGCGGCAAGAACAUGUACGAGGUCUACUACAACAACGCUGUCGGCAACUUGAUCAUUGUCUGUGCUGGUGCCAUACCUGGCUACUGGGUCACUGUAGCUCUCGUUGAUACUAUCGGUCGCAAGCCCAUCCAACUCAUGGGCUUCACUCUCCUCACCAUCUUCUUCUGUAUCUUCGGUUUCGGUUACAAUGUUAUUGGCACGAGCGGCAAGCUCGGUCUCUACAUUCUCUGCCAGUUCUUCUUCAACUUCGGCCCCAACGCCACCACCUUCAUUGUCCCUGGCGAGUGCUUCCCUACUCGCUACCGUUCCACCUCUCACGGUCUCUCUGCCGCUUCUGGCAAGAUCGGUGCCAUCAUCGCCCAGGUCGUCAUUGGUCCUCUUCGAGUUCGUGGUGCCAAGCCCAACGGUCCCGCGUCCCCAUGGCUCAACCAUGUCCUCGAGAUUUUUGCUCUCUUCAUGUUGUGCGGUAUCUUCACCUCGCUCCUCAUCCCCGAGACCAAGCGCAAGACCCUCGAGCAGCUUGCUGGCGAGGUCCCCGGAACCCCCGAGUACGACGAGUCCACCCACGGCCCCGCUCAGGUCAAGACCUCUGAGGACUACUCGGCCAGCAGCCCUGCCGAGAAGUCUGCAGUCUAA